AUGCUUGUCACCUACUCUUUUUAGCUUCCACACUCUCUGUACUUGAAAUUUCACAGAGCAAAAGCAAAACUAUCCCAACUCCAUUAACACACACAAACACGCUCACUGCGUGACAGAAGAAUUCCAUCGGAAUUCUUCUGUGAUGGAUAAGAGGCACAGAUGCAAGCUCUGUUACAGAAGCUUCGCGAACGGGAGAGCCCUAGGCGGCCACAUGAGAUCUCACAUGAUGAAGUUUUACGCAGAGGGGAAGGAUUUGGAGCAGGAGAGUGGGGAAAUCGAGCAUGAUUUUCAAUCGUCGUCGUCUCCGUCGACUCCGUCUUCGUCUUCGGCUUCCUCCGAUGAGGAGAGCGAGGAAGGGCUAAUGUCGAGCUACGUGCUGAGAGAUAAGCGUAAAAACGCCGCAAUCGCGGCGGAUCGUGGCGAUUUCGCGGUGGUGGACGGCGAGAGCGAGACGGAGUCGUCGAAAAUCUGGAGGAGGUCGAAGCGCGUGAGGGAAUCGAGAGCGUCUGAUUUCGAUUUGGAGCAGUCGUCGCCGUUGAGCUCGAUCUCCGAUACGACGCCGGAGGAGCACGUCGCGCACUGCCUGAUGAUGCUUUCUAGAGACACGUGGCGGCAGAGGAUUGGCAGGGGAUACGAAGGAGACGAGGAGGAGGAAUCGAAGAAAAUGGCGAUGAAGAGUAAAAUCAGAGGGAGAUACAGGUGCGAGGAAUGCAACAAGCUGUUCCGAUCCUAUCAGGCGCUCGGCGGCCACAGAGCCAGCCACAAAAAAAUCAAAUCCGCCGCCACCGCACCGCCGCCGCCGCCGGAGAAGAGCGGCGGGGUUAAGAUACACCAGUGCCCCUUCUGCGACAGGAUUUUCUCGUCGGGGCAGGCACUUGGCGGCCACAAGCGAUCGCACUUCAUCGGCGCGGCGGCGAUUUCGACGAAUCGCAGCUCGAUUGAGAAGAACUCGUCGAGAAUUUCUCAAGUUUUGAGCAUAGAUCUGAAUCUCCCGGCGCCGGCCGACGAUGAGGAAGGAAGCCAAAUCGCGAUUUCGGCGGUUUCUGAUGCGGAAUUCGUUUGCAACGUAAAGCAAUGACGGUUGAAUUUCGAGGUAAAAAGAAAUUAAAGUUGCGAGGAAAAAAAAAGGAAAGGAAGUUUUGAUUUUUUGUUGUUACAGUAUUUAAUUGCAUUUGAAUAUGACUGUUUGCAUUAAUACAGAAAUCUCAUAAGUUUUGAUUCUCA